AGAAAACAAACUUGCAUAUUCUAGCAUGAUACAAAGUGAGGCACAUAUUUGACAAGCUGAAGGGCGGAUCAGACAUGGCGACAAAUGCAACAACGAGACCGUCGAAAAUUGAGAAGGACACGUCGUCGUCGGAUAGAUGCAUUAGUCGAUUCUUUCGACCAAAACGAAAGCCUUCACGUGACGAAGAAAACGAUUUGAAAUUGCAGAGGGAAAAUGAUGUCAUUAUCUUGGGUAGCGAUGACGAUACCGACGAUGAAACAGACGAUCCUUCUUGUGAUAAAAACGACAGUGUCGAUGUUGCCAACGAAGAAAAACGCGGACCAGAAAAGCCUGGCGCACGUUGUGAAUUGAAUACGAACAUUGAAAUUCUUGACGACGAUGAUCCUGUCGAUGCAUGCGACGUUAUUUCACAGAAAGAAAAAGUCGAAAGCAACCGACUAGCGACGGCAAAGGAGGAGGAUGAAAGUCUUGGUCACAGUGAUCGGAACUUCAAUGGAUCAAAUCUGGAUGUAGACACGGAUGGGGAUACGAUUACAACUAAGAGGCCAAGAAUCGCUUCCCCUCAAAAACCCUCGGUCGUCGCUGGGAGUGUCAAGGAAAAUCCUUUUGCAAGAUUUGCGUAUAGUGCCUCUGAUGCAUCAGAAGAUAACGUGAAAACUACGAACGGUCUGGAUAGCUUAUGCAGCUCUUGGCAGAGACAUUCUUUCGCAUCAAAAAGUAAAUUGAGGAAGUCGAACAUCGCAAAUCAAAGCAAUGAUAUUAAAAACGUUAGCAGUUCAAGGAUUCGUGUCUCUUUGAAACAAAAACAAAAGGACUUUGUUAAGAUAAAAGACAUUUCCCCAGAAGAGCAAUCCAAAAUCAUUCGAAAAUGGCAAAGCAUGGCUGAUUCCUCGGCUCCCCUUGAAGUCCGGCGGUAUCAAGUUCUUUUGGCAGCCCGGCUACAUGCGCGUUGCCAGGAAGUUACGGUAAGAAAGGCUAUGAAAACCUUGCGAGACUACUUUUCCAGUCUAGCUGAACCGAAGAUGGUAACGGUGAGCGUAAUGGCAAAUAUCGAUCCGGGACUAUUGGCGAGUCAUAUAUCCAAUUUGCAAUUCUACAAUGCGAAAGCAAAACAAAUCGUCAAGGCUGCGCAAGAGUUGUUAGAACGACACAGAGGCAUAGUACCAGAAGAUGAAUGCUCUCUACUGAAAAUUACAGGAAUUGGGAAAACAUUUGCAGACCUGCUGGCCUUCGUCAACACAAGAGAGGCGCAUAAAAAGUUUGGCGAAUGCAAAUAAGUGCCGGUAGAUCCAUUUCAUAAUCGAAUACUUUGCAGUAUUCAUGUUACAACUUUCCAAUAUCGAAAUCACUUCUUCUACACACUAAAUAUAACUAGAUUUU